AUGGCCAUUUUUGUGGUUCAAAAACUUCACACCUGGGUAGGAGUAUUGACUACAUCACUCAUUGUCGUCGUCGUCGUCGUCGUCAUCAUCAUCAUCAUCAUCUCCUCUAUUCCACAGAUUCAUAAAAGAUUUGGAUACCUUCUUAUUCCUAAGCUUGUAGAUUCACUUUCACUGAGAGGAAAAAGGCUGGAUUUUUAUGGGGAAGGCGAAGCAUAUGUCAACCUGACCGACACCCUGCCCGAACUCAGCCAACUCACAGUGUGUAUUGAUCUGAUCUCCAUGGCUAACAGCUCACAUCACUGGACAGCCUUCACCUAUGUUACUAAUAACACUCUCCUGGGCAGAGAAGAUGUAGACCUUGGACUUGCGGGAGACCAUCAGCAGUUGAUAUUGUACAACUUUGGCAAGACCUUUUAUAUCAGUUAUCACCUGAUUCCUUUUCACUGGCAUACCGUAUGCUUGAUAUGGGAUGGUGUGAAGGGCAGAUUAGAGCUCCUCUGGAAUAAAGAAAGGAUACUUGCAAUAAUGGAUCAGCCACACAGCCUGCCUCCUAAUGGGACUUUAGUCCUGGGGCAUUUUCCUAGGAAUGGAGAGGGCCAGAUUAAAACGGUAGCACCUCGCUUUGCCAGCAGCUUGUAUUACUUUCAGCUCUGGGACCGUAUCCUGGAAAAUGAGGAAUUUAUGACCUGUUUAUAUGGAAAUGUAGUUAGUUGGGAAGAUGAUGUUUGGCUCAUACACAAGAUAAGUCCAACUGUUGACAGGAGACUGCGCUGCUUUGUUUCUGAAAAUAUGACAAUUCAAGAAACAAGUACAACUGCUUCACAGCAAAUCGACCUAACAACUUCCCAAAUUACUGGGCUAAACCCACAGAGGACUGUACAUCCAUCCACAGUGUUGCCAGAAAGUAUGCCUGCUUCUACACUCAAUCAUGCAGCCACCUCAUAUUCUAAUACUUUACCCUCACCACUAGCAACAGUGAGUGCAUCAAAAGAUUUAAAGACAUCUGCAGCCCAGACAGCUGCAUUUUCCUCAGAUAUCUUGUUUACUUCAACAGCCAUCCCUCUGCCUACCCACCAUACAUCCAUUCCUACUGCUUCUGACUCCACAAAUAUAACAGAACACCCAUAUCUAGAGAAAACAAAGACAACAAAAAUGGAAGCCAUGGCUACUGAGAUUUCCCAUCCAAUUACAGCUGCUUAUUUCUUUGACACAUCUGUAAUUACCAAGAAUUAUACUGUAUCUGAAACUCCAGCAACUAAAUCCCAGUCAGCGGUUGGAACAACAACUUUAUUCUUGAUGAAUGAGUCAACAUCCAUGUCUACAACAUCUUGCCCCAACCACAAGUCCACAGACGUUGCUAUAAUUCCUACCUCUAAAUCUGAGCAAGAAUUUCCUUUAUCUUCAGCUGCCAAAACUGUACCUUGGUCCCCGUUGGAAGAGACUUCUGCUAUUGCUACUGAUGUUGGGAUUGCAUCAACCUUGCCACCAAAGUCUUUGCUCACCUUUACAGCUGCUCUUGUGAAUUCUGUAUUUCCUGGAAAUCAGGUGGCAUCUACUAUGUCAGCAGCUACUGUGGAAACACCACUCACCAACCACUCAAUGUUGCCUAUGGAGACCAUUAUUGCCCUAAGAACAGUGGAAACAGAGUCAGUGUCUAAAAAUUUCCAAGAUGUCUUUUCACCCAGUAUGGUGGAUGCUGUAUCAUCUCCCAUGCCUAAAGAGACCUCUUCUAUGGCCUUUUCUUUUAUUACACCCUCUCCAGUCACUGGUACUCAGGGUGAACAGAUAGUUACUGAUACUAAAAGUACACAUCCAACCUUAUCUCCCAGAACCAAACUUGUCCCUACAUUGGCUGAAGCUUCUCUCUUCCCUACCAUGAAAGGGCUGAUAUACACCCAGAAUACACCUUCAAUGGAAGAUCCCAUGCUUACUUUGAUGUCCACUAUAUCACCUUCUGCAUUCAAUACAUCAGAAUCAGGCCUUACAUCUGUAACAAAUAAAACUGAAUAUCAGUUAUUCACCAAUGAGACCACUUGGAAUUCUAAAUCAGGUCAGACCCCAUUGACUUUUAUGAAUACAACCACAAUACCUACAUUCAUACCUAAUGAAAAUAUCACAUUAUCAUUCCAAGGUGAUAGUACUAAUACAGAUAAUUCAUCUGUGACUACUAAUAUCACUCCACUUGAAGCAUCCACAGAGAGCAAGGCAACCAUGAGCUCAGAUGUUAGUACAGCUAGAUAUACAAUAGCUCUCUUCAAACCAACUUCCCAGUGGCUUAGUAACUUCUCCAGCAUGUCUGGAAUCACAUCUACAGCCAGUCAGCCUCAAUCUAAACUCAGCACUUUAGUACUUAAAAGCAACUCUAUGCCCACAGUAGCUGCAAAUGAACAUCCUUCAACACCAAGGGAGACAGUUGUUCCUUCAGUGCAUAUGUCUACCCUCACUGACAUUAAAUCAGAUUUCUCUACUGAGAAGAGAAUUUCUGAGACAACACAAGUAGAAACAAAUGGUGUGAGUACAUUUGUUGAAACGAUGGCCUCUCUACCAAUGUCUACAGUGACACAGAAAGUCUAUACCAGUGUGACAAAAGAAUCCACUUCCCGUCAUCCUACUGUAAAGUCAACCAUAACAGCAGUAGCUGAAGUUUCUCCAUUUUCAGCAAUGCUGGAAACGACAGAUGAAUCAGCACAAAUGAUGACAGUUUCUGUCACUGUUUCCCAUUUUCCAGAUAGAGAAAAAUUGACUACUGCAUUGAAUAAUGAAACUGCAACUGCUGAGGUGGGAGUGAGUUGGCUUUCAACAAAAUUGAAAAGCACACCUAAGAGGUCAUACAAUGGAACGACAGAAACCUUUAACUCGCCCCUUACCUCUACAGUAUAUUGGACUUCAGAGACAUCUGAGGGGAAUGAAGCUUCCCCACACACUUCAGUGAGCACUCAGACAUUUCCUGAACUUCUGAGUCCUUCAACAACAAGGAUGAUGGGAGCCACUUUCUCCACUGCCCCGUCACAGAAGACAGCUUUAUCAUUGUCGGCUGGUAUCUUGCCUCCACAGAGUGCAGUUUCUCAUUCCUCAGUAACAUCUCAACCUAUCACACACAUGCUCUCACUACCAGUUAAUACCUCUGCUGUCACCUCUCCUGCCACCACUAUGAUGGGUUUUGAUGAGACUAAGGUUACCCUGUCUCAGCCUUUUACACUGGCCGUGGAUUUCACUACAUCUAUGUUCUCAGUUGGUUCAACUCUACCAACAGUGACAAUGGCCACAGAACUGGUGCCCCCAGCGAGUCCAACAGCUUCCACAAGCAGUGAGAACAUGUCUACCUACAGAGCCUCACGUCAUACCACUUCAGGGACCACAGCAAUCUCUUCCUCAGCAGCACACAUGGCAGUUUCCUCUCUGAGAGAGACAUUGGUUCCUUCACUGAGACCUUCUACUCCUGUGAUAACUAAGGCUAUAACCACCUAUUCUCCCAUCUCGGCUGACUUAGUAAGUCCAUCCGUACACACUCUUGUCUGCUCAAGGCCUCCCCCAAAUAACAUUACCACUGUGCCCUCUACUUACGUUAGCUCAACUACAUCUACAUCAGUAGCAACACCAUCUGCCUCUGACGUUGAGGCUUCAACUCAAGGUUUUAGCUUUCCCUAUGCUUUAAGUAGUACUGGAGAUGUCACUGUGGCUUCUGUACCCACAGAGACCUCUGCUGGUGGAGAGACCAUGUCUCCCCAUACCUCUUCAAAUAAGUCUACUACCUUAGUAGACACUGAAUCUACCACAUAUUUUGUAAAUACACCAGUCUCCACCCAGUUGGUGGUUACCACCCCUAUGUUAUCUUCUGACAAAGAACAGACCAACAUUUCCAUGGGGGAACCCUCCAGAACUACAAGGGUGGCAGACAUCUCCACAUCCAAGAAUUCCUUUAUCUCAGACUCCCAGAGCACUUUCCUUUGGGAAAUGGCAGGCACAAAAUUUUCUGAGACCACAGAAAUCUCCAGCCACCAAACACAUUUGCCUUCAGAGAACCUACCUGGUUACUCAUCUUCUGGGGAUUUAGGCACAUCUACUUCAGGGAUCACACAGACCACCCAAACUUUGACCUCAAGUACCAUAAUAGGUGUUCAUGUUUCAGAAGAGUCGACUCUUCUUGAGAAAACAGCACUCCCUCCACAUAUUCAGACAAUAACAAAAUCUCUGUCUCCUGAAAAAGAAAAGACAAGUGCCCUUCCAGAAUAUCCUCCCAGGACUGUGGAAAUGAUAGUGAGUUCUUCUCCUGUGACCCAUCCAGCCACAGGUCAUUGGGCUACUUCAUUUGUAGACACUUCCAGGACAACUAGAAUAUCACAUCCUGUGCUCAUGAACACAACUCUUUCACUUAAGACGCAACCAGAAGCAACAUGGACUGCUUCUUCCAUUUCUGGAAGCAUACAGAUUUUCCCUAAGACCUUCUCUCCUUUCACAAAUGGACUGCUCAACACCGAUUUUACGAUGAUCACUUCUGAUGGGAGCACUACAGUCUUUUCUGUUCCAAAUGAACCUACAAACUUUGCUGAGGAUCCCUCUACGGAAAUGUCCACUUCUAUUUACCAAAUGGCUUCAUUGCCACUCAGUGUCACUGCCUUCACCUCUAAAAGAGUUUCUAACACCCCUACAAUGCUAAUGACUAAGUCUUCUAGAACGACACACUCUGGCAAUAUGAAAAGUGCCUCUAUAGGCACUUCUGGGCUUAAGUCUGAGAAGUCAUCAAUGCCAGUUAAUAACUCUGAAUUCCCAACUACAGUGCUUUCUUCUGACACUUCCACAAGACUUGGGGGAUUCUUUACGUCACUGUCUUCACCUCCCCCCAAGACUACUAAAACUACCCAAGCAUCAACAUUGGGUAUCACAGCAGUGCCAUAUACUGGGCCUACUUCACAAAGCACAAUGGUUUUAUCUACUUUCACUAAUUCAGAAGUAGUAGAGGUGCCAUUCAAUAACACAACUGCACCUGUUUCCUCUCCAAUAGAGCUAGAGUUUUCAUCUAUGAGAACUAUUCCAACCAUUAGUACGGCUGGGACAGUGACUUCAGUUUUAGCCAUUACUCCCUCCUCUUCACUCAGUUCUAACAAUACUGGAGCUAUUUCCUCCAUUCCAAAACCCACGUUUUCAUCCAUACGUUCAACCACUCAGCAAUUAUCACAAGACAAUGAGGUGACCACUCUGGACUUAUUACCCGGGAUCACCAACAGUUCCCUAUCUACUGAGAGCAGUAGUAGAGUAACAGAGCUCAUUAAUGGCCAUUCCAGAAGCACUGUCCAUGCAAAUGGGAUUUCAUCUACUCCUUCAGAUAGUUUUUAUACUUCCUUUAAUAUUCAAGUUUCCCCAUCUUUGACUAACUUGAAAGGCACCCCUAGACCUACAGAAAGUGUAAAAGCCACAGUUACACUCCUUUCCCUUGAUACAGGAAAGACAACUUCCUUGUCAGAGAAUAGUUUGUUCACAAGUGAACCAACGAAGAGCAGCACAUGUGUGAAUACUUCUGUUUUAUAUCCUUCAUGGACCCGAGCCAGUGCUACUCCAUCUUCUUUGACAUCAUUUCUUUACUCACCUCAUAGUUCCGAGGCCAAGUUUCCUCUUACAUCUCAAACGGACAAAUUUCCAGCAUGGGGUACAGGAAUUACACCCACUGUCACCCAGUCUCCACUUACAGCUUCCAGAAACACACUGAGAGUUGAAGACUCUCCCUUUCCAGUUUUCACAAGCAAAGCAGUGACACCCACCCGAAUGGAAGCAGAAACUCUCCACUUUACUCCCUGGAAUUUGUCAACAGCUACACCAUCUCAGAUUGGUCUAGUCUCUAGAGAUCUUCCCGCAGUGCCAUCGAUUUUCACAUCAGAAAGCCUUCCUCCUUUGGGGAUUUCUGAGAGUACUCCAUUAUCAAUGUCUUCCACAGUUCUCCCAACCACUCUGGUGGCCGUUAAGCACACAUUUAAGAGAACAGCCAUGCCUGUAACCCCUGGACCCACACUCUCAUCAAAUCCUUCUGAUGAGGCUACCUUACUGACUUGGGGCUUAUCUAGUCUGCCUUCAGACUCUCUGACACCUGUAUCUAAUCCUCUCCAGCCUUUAACUUCACCUGCAGGAGGAAUGUCAGAAUCUACCAUUCUAGCAACAUACCCUAGCUUUACAGCAGUACCCUCUUCUGAUGGAAGUGCCAUACCCACCGAAGCCAUGCCUGUAGCUACACUGGGCACCAUCACUGCUGACUCUUUGACUUCUAUCCCCAUAUCUACAGAAAUCAAAGAAGAAAGUCUAUACACUUCUACAUUCCUGGAAUCAUCCCCUAGAACUACUGUGGCCAACAACUCUACAACUGUGUCUGAACUCGUGUCCUUGAGUACAUCACCUUCUAUAACCAGUCAUGACCUAUCUAUCGGUGCUCUAUCUGUAUCUAGCCCUACAGAAACACUGGUGUGGAGUAAAGUCCCAGCUCCAUCAGAAUCCCACACUUUAAUUCUUCCCAAAUCCACACUGGACUCUGUUAUGAGUAUAACCACUACAACAUCCACAGCUUCGGGAGCCUCAUUUCCACUGAUGUCUAGUGAAGUGACACUUCCUACUACAGCAACUAAGUCUUCACUAAACUUUUCAUAUUUUGAGAUAGCUGGGAUGGACUCCACAUUUUCCUUCCUAUUUACACAAGCAUCUACUUCAUCGAUCGCUACAGUGUCUAUAGUUUCCUUCUACAAUAUCAAAAUGAGCUUCUCUGUCUUUGAUGAAGAGCCAAGGGUCCUUAUUACCACUGUUAUAUAUGAAUUUACAAAAGAUUGGUUGAAUUCUAUGUUUCACAACAGUGAAUUUUCUCUUGCUAACUUGGCUAUUCAAAUUAAAAGCAGAAAGACUUCUAAAGAAGAGAUGGCCAUGUACAGACAUAUUUUGGAACAGAAAAAAGGGCAAGGAAUGGCCACAAUUUUUCAUGUACCAUACAGUUGUGCCUGUUGGGUCAUUAUAAAAGCCAACUCUUCUUUAGAGUCUGUGGAACUAAUGAGUAGGAUCCGAACUAAAAUACAUGGGAACCUCACACAUGGGGACUUCACUCAAGAUCAGCUGACUCUAUUGGUAAAGUCUGACCAUGUUGUAGUGCAAAAGAUAGAGCCAGGAAAAUGCGAAGCGGAUGAAACACCCUCAAAAUACAAAGGGACGUAUAAGGGCCAUUGAACGACGGCCCUGAGACAAGCAGACCAAGCAAGGUGCAUUAAAAAUGAGAAUAGGAACGCCACAAGAAUUUGUUCCAUCAACAUCCAAACUGGCAAGUGUCAGUGGGAAAAACCAAGGCUGAAGCAAUGGCAAAUUGCUCAGGACUCCCAGGAGAAGACGGUGUCAUCCAUUUCCAUUUUGUUUCCCCCAGAGAACGCAGAAGAUGUAGCAGAGCACAUUUUAAAUCUGGUCAAUGAAUCUCCACCUUUGGAUGAAGAAGAGACAAAGAUUAUUGUUUCUAAAAUAGAUGAUAUUUCUAACUGCAAUGAGAUAGACACCAACCUAACUACGAUCAUACUACAAAUCAUCAGCACAAUGAUGGAAAAGCAAAGUGAUUCAGCUUCUAACCUGCCUCCAGUAAGCAAUAAGAUUCUGAGGAUAAUUGAGCGUACUGGUCACAAAAUGGAAUUUGUAGGGAGAACAGCAAAUCUCACUGUGGCCAGGCUGGCUUUGGCUGUGCUGCGGGUGGACCACAAGUUUGAAGGUAUGGCCUUCAGCAUCCGCUCCUCUGAAGCGGUCGUAACCCCCCAGAUUUUCCUUGGUGGUACCCCUCUAAGGAGUGCUUUGGCUUCCAUAUAUUUGCCUAAAUCAUUGAGGGAAAAAGUUCCUUUUAACGGCUUACAAACCAUCUUGUUUAAUUUUUUUGGCCAAACCUCGCUCUUUAAGGCUGAAACAAGCAAUACCACAUUAAUCACAUAUGUUGUGAGUGCAAGCAUCUCAAAUAUGUCUGUUCACAACUUGGCUGAUCCAGUGAUUAUCAUUCUGAAGCAUAUUCAAGGAGACUGGAAUUAUGAUCAAGUUUACUGUGCCUUUUGGGAUUUUGAAACUAACAAUGGGCAAGGUGGAUGGAAUUCAUCAGGCUGUAGAGUGAAGGAAACCACUGUAAAUUACACAAUCUGUCAGUGUAACCACCUCACCCACUUUGGAGUUUUAAUGGAUUUGUCCAGGUCUACAGUGGAUGCAGUGAAUGAACGAAUAUUAGUGAUUAUCACCUACACAGGAUGUGGGAUUUCCUCCAUUUUCCUGGGAAUUGCAAUGGUGACAUACAUAGCUUUCCACAAACUUCGAAAAGAUUAUCCUUCCAAAAUCCUGAUCAACCUAUGCACAGCGUUACUGAUGCUCAACCUAGCAUUUCUGGUUAAUUCCUGGCUGACGUCAUUUCAGAAAGUGGGACUAUGCAUCACAGCUGCAGUGGCACUCCACUACUUUCUGCUCGUGUCUUUGACUUGGAUGGGCCUAGAGGCAGUCCACAUGUACUUUGCUCUAGUCAAAGUCUUCAACACAUACAUUCCAAAUUAUAUCCUGAAAUUUUGUGUAGCUGGUUGGGGAAUCCCAGCAAUCACAGUGGCCAUUAUACUCAGUGUAAGAAAAGACCUAUAUGGAACUCUGAGCCCAACAACUCCAUUUUGCUGGAUUAAAGAUGAUUGCAUCUUUUACAUCUCAGUGGUGGCUUACUUUUGCCUCAUAUUUCUCACGAACCUCUCCAUGUUCUGCACUGUGCUCUUUCAAUUGACGUCAGUGAAAUCCCAAAGCCAGAAGACACGCAAGAAGAUGAUCCUGAAUGACCUCAAAGGCACAAUCAGUCUGACAUUCUUACUUGGCCUCACCUGGGGCUUUGCCUUUUUUGCCUGGGGACCUGUGAGGAUCUUUUUCAUGUAUCUUUUUGCCAUUUGUAACACUUUGCAAGGGUUCCUCAUUUUUGUGUUUUACUGUGUGAUGAAGGAGAGUGUGCGGGAGCAGUGGCACGUGCACCUUCAAUGCAGGUGGUUUCAGCUGGAUGACCUCUCAGAUGGGAGAAGCAGGUUUGGGUUAAAGGUUAGGCAUAAACAGAAGAGACUGAAGAGAAUCCGUGAACCCAAAUUAUUGACACCAUCAAUCAAGUCAACAACAACCAAUUCCACUUUCAAAUCCAUAAGAUCUAUACCUAGUACUCCUUCAGAAAUAAACUUCUCAAACGGUGACUUUGAUGACAGGUCUUAUGCUUUCUCUUCCUCGAGUUGUGAAGCUGAGCCUACUUGUAUAAGAAGAGCAUUGACUACAGAAGUCAAAACAAAUUCCAUUCCGAAGCGAAGAUCAUUUUCCAUAAAUAUCAACAGAGAUGCUCACCUGAUUCCCAGCCCUGGAUUUGGGGAAAUGUUCAAUUUGUGA